UGAAAGUGUAAAUUGGAACAAUAAUUUGCUUCCUAAGAAAUUAGGCACAAUGUAGGCACUGUUAUGUGUUAAGUAGAUGAGGGGCGUGGCCUCACAUGCACAAUCAAGGCUUUGACUCAGCACAGGUGAGCUAUUCAUGUGCCCUUCAGCUCCAGCCCCAGAGGGCACAGGAGGAUACACAGGAGGUUCAGUCACUGCUGCACAAGACACCAAGGACGGUUCUUCGCAUGUGGUUUUAUGUGCUGGAAGUACAACUACAAAAACAGAUGACCUUGCUUUGUCAUUGGGUUCUUGGCUGUUUUUAAGUUUGUGAGCUACUUGUUUUGUUGUCCUGUUUUUCUGAAAUGACGUUGCUGGAUGAAGUUUGGAGAUUAAGUGCAUUUUUUCUGGUUAUUUUACUCAGACUUUCUUUUCGAGGUGCGUACUGUCAACUGGUGGUUUCUCCUGUUGGGCCUACUAGGGUGAAUGUAAUAGCAGGCAGCAAUGUGACUCUGGACGUGUCCUUCACUGGUGCCCCUGAUCCAGUGGUUACCUGGUUUAUGGGAGAUUUACCUGUCGUCACAUGGACUAUUAACUCCGAUACUCCCCCAGACGUAGCCAAAAACAACAGCAAGGUGCUGAGGAUCGGGAAAGAUGGAUCCCUUACCUUUGUAAAUGUUCUGCUUGGCUACACCAGUAACUACACUAUUGAAAUGACAAAGUCUGGAUUGGAAAAAGCCAUGACAACUUUCACGCUGAACGUAUUUGAAAGCAUCCGGAAUGUGACACUGACCGUGCAGCCUGACUUUGUCAAAGAGGGAACUGACCAGUUUAUCCUGAAAUAUAGCAUGUUGAAAGGUGUAGUCGAGCAACAGAUGUGGUUCUUCAAUGGUGAACAGAUAAAAACUAGCUCGCACUACUUGGUGGAGCAAAGGAGCCUUGUGGUCCUCAGACCAAACCGAAAUGACACCGGGUGGUACACAGUGUUCCUGAUGAACCCCUUCAGCCGUGUGGCGGCACACGUGAAUGUCAUUGUGCUGUAUGGAUCAGAUGAGCCUGUGCUUACGGCCCGUCCAGCUCAGCCUUUCUAUGUAUCAGGAGACUCUUUGAGCUUCUUCUGCCAGGCUGAGGGAUUCCCACAGCCAACUGCUGAGUGGCUCUUUGGUGGUCAGAUGCUUUCUGAUUCUCACGAAGGAGUCCUAAAUCUAACAAAUGUACAGACCAGUCAAGGAGGUUCUUAUACAUGCACAGUGCUCAAUGAGCAAACUAAAGAACAGCGCCAAAACAGCAUGAUUUUAAAUAUUUAUGAGAAGCCGUCAGGUAACCCGACAUGCUCUGUGCAGUUGGUGAAUAGGAACUCUGACCUGCAGAAUCACUGUCGGUGGUUGGGGGGGGCCCCGGAGACCAACCUGUCUUUCCCAGCACUGAGAAACACCAGCACUGGAGCGGGGAACUUCAGCCUGACUAUCAACACCUCAGACAACCUCAAUGGGAAAACUGUCACGUGCCUGGCAGUCCAUGCAGUUGAACAGAAUGAGUGCAAUGUUACUGCAAGGCUUUCAAUCUCAGAUUCCAGUUUGUUCCCUAAUCAAGAUGGAACCAUUGUCACAUUGGCCUGGGAGGGCCCACCUACUUCAGGUGUUAAAGGUGAGGGGCUGAGUGGUCCUGCCAUUGCUGGCAUUGCAGCUGGAAUCCCCUGCAGUCUUCUCUUCCUGCUCCUGCUUGGUGGUUUCAUCUACCUCUGUGUCUACUGCAAGAAAAACAGAAGUCGGCAGGCAAGAUAUCCAGUGUCCAGAGCAGUUGACAAGGCAGUAACGGCCCAGUCAGACACAACUCCUCAUAACUUGCUGACAGGAGGGCUGAAGACUCCCCCUGAUUACAACAGAUUGCAGCAGACUCCCUCUGAAAGAUCAGUGGCUCUCCCCACAUUUGUCCCUCCACCACCUGUCAGAGUUGCUACAACUGUCUAAACUCCACAGUUCGUUUUGAUCUGUAAAUUAAGUGUAUAUAUGUUGUUUAUUUUAUUUUUUUUGGUUUUAAUCUAUAAGAUUUUCUAUAUUUUUAUUGUUAUUUUAACUGAAACAAGGAUCAUUGUAUGGUAAUGUAUGUAUGAUCAAACCAAUUUAAAUCUCUUGCAACAAUUUAUUGACAAUAAAUAUAAGCUU